UGUUAUAUAUGUUAUUUGUUAUUGCUUAUUGUUAUCAAUGUUAUCCGUGUUGUCGAUUUGUUUCGUUUCGUCUUCAUAAUCUUCGCAAACAUUAAACAAAACUCAAAAGUCUCUACUUGGUGUAAUAAGAAUCCUCGCCAUUUCAUUAUCUUCGGGAGACCGUAUUUAAAGUAUUUCGGACUCUAAAUCAGCUCUGAAUGUUAUCGAUCGCCAUAGUUUCCGGUAUAAAAAACCUAGUACUCUCAUCUCCGUACUGAAUUCAUAAGGAAGGAAAUCCCCAGUAUGUCACUAGAAACAGUACUCUUAAAGGAGCCUGAUUGCUGGGACGAAGACGAGGAUCGAAUGAACGCGAACAUUGAGGUGAAGAACGAGACAACACAGACACAACUAGAAAGCAAGGAACAAGUGGAAUAUGAGAUAGAAGCAGUAUUUGUAAAGCAGGAGCCCGUUUGGGAAAACACAAAGGUUUUUAGCUAUGAUCAAUCAGCCUCAAAGGUAGGGAAGGUUGAGGUGAAGACAGAGCUGUUGUGUGAAGAGCAGCAAUCUGAUUCCAAAGGACUUCCUCAUGUCGCAUUGGAGAGAGACAAAACGAAUGCCAUCAAGCAGCCGAUCGCCCCAUCCUUGUCUACAGGACAUGAGCAACCCAAGAAACAGAAGUUGCCACAAAUAAAAAAUGCACCACAAACAAAGAAACCUUAUUCCUGCAAUAUAUGUCAUAGAGAGUUUACACUAUUAAGUACUUUAAGGACGCAUCAACGAACACAUACUGGGGAGAAGCCGUACUCCUGCAUAGUAUGCAAAAAAAAGUUUACGCAAAUGACUUCUAUGAAACGACAUGAACUCAUCCAUAGCGGAGACAAGCCACAAGUUUGUGAAAUAUGCAACAGGCAGUUCACGCAAUUGAGUCAUUUAAUUCGUCAUAAACGAAUCCACACUGGAGAAAAACCAUAUUCUUGUGAUAUUUGUCAUAAAAGAUUUACAGAAUCUGGCACUUUGAAUAAACAUAAAUUAACUCACACUGGAGAAAAGCCCCAUUCUUGUAAAAUAUGUAAUAAGGUAUUCACGCAAUUGGCAAAUUUAAAGACGCAUGAAAAAACACAUACAGAUAUAAAAGAUUAUUCGUGCGAGAUAUGUCAUAAAAAGUUUAGGGUAAUUAAUCAUUUACGGGUUCAUAUGGUAAUCCAUACAGGAAAAAAAGAAUACUCAUGUGAUAUAUGUGAAAAGAAAUUUGCUAGGUCGGCAUAUUUAAAGGAACAUCAAAAAUUUCACACGAAGGUUGAUCUGUACAAAUGUGACAUAUGUGGGAAAAACUAUUCGCAAAUGGGCACGUUGAAUAGACAUAAAAAAAAUCAUCAAGGUAAGAAACCAUUCGCGUGCGAUAUAUGUAGCAGGCGGUACACUGAAAAAACUACAUUAUUGAAACAUAAGUUAAAUACCCACCUCUAACCAGGUAGCAGAUGCAUCUUUAAAAUAAUGGCGGAGUGUCUUAAUAAUUCUUU